GGGCGAAUCAGCGGGCUUCCAGCCAACCCCCCGACACAGUCAAAGUGUGUCAGCAAAAUGCUAGCGAUUUGCGCCUGUUGGCCGCAACAUGAUUUUUCCACACUCUUUGCCAGCGUGCCGCAGAGAGGAAAAAAAAAUAAAAAGGCCUUUCCCCCCUCCUUUUCUCCCUCCUCGUUGACUCUACCAGCAAUUACUCAAAUUAUUACCUUUUCGCACCCCCUCCCACCGCAAUCGCCUUCGCUAUAUAAGGGCAAACUUCCCUUGGAAAUACUCAAACACCUCUCGCAGUGCUAACAGACAGAAAAAGGCUCAUUUGCAAGCUGGUUCACUAAAAAUUUUGUAAUUCUCUUUUCUUAAGCAUGGUUUCUUACUCGUCUAACAGUCAUAUUGAACCGAGCGCCCGUCUACACGACCAGGACGCCGCGAUGAGCUCCCGUGUUCAGGGUGCGCUCAGCAGCAACCUGGUGUUGCAUGUAGACGGGUGGUACCAGCAGCAACAACACCAGCAGCCGACGGCUCACUUACAUACCGAGGCCUCUACCAACGAGAGGCCACUUGUUUUUGAUCGUAUUGCCUCACACUCGACUAUUCACUCGGCUGGCGCGAAGCGGAGCGCAGGCCCAGCAGAUGGCAGCGACUCCCUUGACCGGUCCAGCAAGCGGACUCGAGACGAUAACGAUUCAACCUUUCACCACGGCGGCGUUCGCAUCAACGAUUUGCUGAAUCCAGCCGCCGCCGCGGUUGCUGCUACCGCCGCCACAGCCCCGCUGGCCGCAGCGAAGAAGCUGUCGGUGCCCAGCGCGCUCACCCGCACGCGUAGCGCCGACACGAAGCAGUACCUCAACCUGCUCCAGCUGCAGCUGCAGAAGCAGACUACCGAGGCCGACCCGCGGAGGAGUUUUGUUCGCACCUUUUCGGCACCCGAGAAGGCAGAGUCGCCCAAGUCUGACAGCGCCCAGGGCCUUGUUCGCGAAGCCCUGGAACUGGACAAGCUCUACGGUAAGUCUUGCCUUUGGACUUGUUUUUCUUUUCUUUUCUUCUCUCCCCUCCACACCUGAAACAUUAGGCCUUCUUCAGCCUGAUUUUUUGUGCUCUAUUUUUCUGGCAGGGGGCCAGUAUGUGGCCCUCGUUCACCCGCUGCCCGUUGUUGGCCUUUCUUUUUCUGCCUUGUGUAUUGA